CUCUCUCUCUCUCUCUCCUCCCCUGUUUCUACUUACACUCUCUGCUCUGUUCCUUUUCCCCCUCUAAUCCAACUCCUUUUCCGCCCAAUUCGACCCCGGAUUUCGAUCGCCCGUGCCCCGAAACGUCCGAUUCGGCGUUUUCGUGGCGUGGAACCACUGCAUUUAGGUGCGAUUUGGUGCUUUGCGCGCGCGGAUUAGGGGACUGAGGUGCAUUGGAUUCGCUUAAAUUGAUGAAUUGGGUUUCAUACGAAGGAUUUUUGGAGGAAGGGUUUUGGUUAGGGUUUUUAGUUUAGGUCUAAUAAAAUGGCAUUUGAUAUAAAGAUCCUUUCUUUUUUUAAUUCUUUCUAGGUACAUUUGUUUCGUUUAAAGUGAUGAAUUGGGCUUUUCUAAGUUAAAAAAUAUAUAUAUAUAUUUGGAGAAAGUGAUUCUGGUUAGGGUUUUCUCCCUUUAGGGAUAAUAAAAUGGCAUUUGAUUCAAAGCUCCUUUUUUUCUUUAUAAAUUUGAAUUUUGUCUUGUUCUUUUUUGUAAUCUGAGUUGAAUGAGAGAGGAGUGAAAAGUGAGAGCUUUACUAUUAUUUGAUUUCUUACUUAAUGCAAUGAGCUUUUAAUUAGAGUUAAGAGUUCAAAGAUUGGGCUUUUCCUGCUUUAAUGCAAAUUUAGGCAGGAAAUUUACAAUCUAGGUGCUAUUUUUAGUUUGCAUGCAAUGGAUUUAGAAGAGACAUUUAUAGGAAAAUUACUAAUUUCGGAAAAAAAUGUUGUAUUUUUCUCCUUUGGAAUUUAAUUUUGAAUUAUGCCUGUAAAUUAAGUUGGAAACAAGGAGGAUUUUUGAGUUAAACCCAUCAAUUACUGCAAAUUUAAUCUUUGCUAUCAAGGUCCUAUUUUUAGUUGCAUGCAGUGGUUUUGGAACAAUCAUUUAUAGGAAAAUUACCAAUUAGGGAAAAGUUGUUUUAUUUUUCUUUUCGGAAUUCAAUUUUAAAUUAUACCUGCAGAUUAAGUUGGAAAUAAGCAGGAGUUUUAAGUUAAACCCAUCAACAUUGAUUGAAAGUAACAUGACAAUUGCUACGGACUCAUCAAUGGUCAUUUGGUUGGGGCACCAAAUAAUGAAUUCGGUUCAAUAAUUUCGAGUGAUGGUGGGUCCUGUAAAUGUUACUGUUUUUCUUGUUUGACCUAGCUGUUGUAUGUUGAUAACUACCACUCGGUCGCAAUCGAAAGGUUUGAGCUACAUUUCGCUAUUAGGUCGCGUCAUGAAGGACUUGCUGUUUGGGCUUUCUUUGAUAAUUGCUUCUUCAUUACUCAAAAUUUGUGGAAGAAAGAGCUUUUGGACCCAAAAAGCAGGAGUUCCAAUUCGAGUAUUAAUGCUUCUUCAAACAGCUCUGUGCGUGAACCAGCAGUUCUGCGAAGGCUGCAAUUAGGCUGAUUGCGUACCUACACUUCUUUGGGGCAUAGAUUUCAAGGUUUUGGUGUUGAAAUCAGUCUAUGUGAAACUUAGACCCGUAAUCAAUCGGAUAUAAUGUGCGUCGGUGUUCAAAAAUCAUUGAGUUCAAGUUGUGAUGAACGGCUUGAACAAUGAAUUGUUGUUUUGGUUAUAUCGAUGAGGUUUAAUGUUUUCUUCACUGGCGGAGUCAGGUGCUGCUCAAUUCUUUUUUUUGCGCCAAUGAUUGAGGCCGAAUUGUGUUCGUCCCGUGUUUUAUCUCCUUCUCGAGAAGAAAGUGGGGAUGAGGAGCUUUCGGUACUUCCGAGGCACACUAAAGUUAUUGUCACCGGUAAUAACAGAACGAAGUCUGUUUUGGUUGGGCUACAAGGUGUCGUGAAAAAGGCCGUCGGUCUUGGUGGCUGGCAUUGGCUGGUUCUUAAAAAUGGAGUUGAGGUCAAGUUGCAGAGGAACGCAUUGAGCGUUUUAGAAGCUCCAACGGGCAAUGAAGUCGACGACGACGAUGUCGAGUGUGAUAACUCUGUCUGCAGCAGCUCCGACAUGGGAGAAAAAGAUAUUGAUUAUUCAAGCAUAGAAUACCAGAAACCAACAAAGCCAAGAGUUCGUCAGACCAGGCCAUGGACAUCCUACACGAAGUCGAAUUACCGAGUCGGCCAUAGAGACAUCCACUCCCAUGCCUUCAAGGUACAAACGCGAGUAAAUCUGGCGAAACUUGGGACGGCCACGUUGUGGAGAUAUUGGAGACAUUUCGACCUCGUGAGCAUUAAUCCGAACCCAACAAAGGAGCAGUUGAUCCAUGGAGUGCAACAUCAUUUCCUCUCUCAGCAAUUGGAUGAGGUGCAGGUUAUCGUCGGGUUUAUUCGAACAGCGAAAAGAUUGAAAACGCUCUACUCGUAGGGAAGCGAAGAACGCGUAUCUAUACCAAACGACGACGACGACAACGACGACGAACGAAGUUGGUGAAUCCUUGAAACUAAUUUAUGGAAACUGAUGUGUGGUUUUCUUUCUUGUGUUAGGACAGAAGCUCAAGUGUAGUCUUUGUUACAACUCUUGUAAUGCAAGAUCCCCAUGUUACUAACCACUGAAUAUCCUUGCAAUUUGUUAAAAGUGAGAGGAGUCGAUCUCUAAUACCGGGAUAAUACAGGGACUACUCAUAAAUUUUUCUACCUACCUAAAACAUAAGGAAACCAUGGAUAAUAGAGUAUAAUGUGUGGGAUACAAUCCGUGCAGUUUUAACUUAAAUGUUUUAGUUGCUAAACUUUUGAAUAUAUUAAAGUUUGGUUGUAAAAUGAUGUUUUAUAUAUUGGAUACUAAAAGAAAACUAAA